AAGAAUUAGUGACGACGACGGGAGUGACUGACUGUCUUUCAGUCACGUAGUCACGUUUGCUAUGGCGUAUGUGUAACAGUUCCUUCGAUCGGCGUGUAAUGUUGUGUUUUAUUGUGAUUUAACAAUAUUAAUAAAAUAAAUAUUACAAUUCUUUAUACAAGGUUUAUUAUGUGUGUAUGAGAAUUGAUUAAACGGAAAACAAUUUUUUAUUUUAACAUGAAAAAUCGUAUUGAUAAAGAGUAACAUAGCUUUGUGAAUAUUGAUCGACAAAUUGGCGGGAUAUUAUUGUGCGUUUUACGAUCUUAGAAAAGAUACGACUGAAAUAGGUUAGUCUCAUUGUGCCAUCAUGCAAUAAAUGAAACGCGUGAUGUAUGCAAGCUGAUGAUACUCGUGAUUUACACUAGUUCAUCUCUGUGAAAACGUAUGAUUUCGAAGUCCAGAAGAAGAGUAAAAAGAAUCGCUGUUACUAAUAUCUGACAUUUGCGUGAACAUGAUGUAAUGCAAGUAAACCAACAGUUUACAAAGUUAUCCUCCAGAGUAACUUGACACUAGAAAAUUUCUUGCCUGUUAUUACAAAAUUAUUGAUAGCGAUUAAAAGCAUCAUUAAUAACCGUCAAUUUCAAAUACAGAUACGGUUUAUAAUUUAAAUAACUCAAAAAUCGUGCUAUCGUUCAUAUAUCAGUGACCAAUUCUGCAAACAAAAUGGGUCUAUUCCGGAAGGUUAAUGACAGAAUACCGAGGAGAGCGAUUUUAGGUGCGAUGAUGUUUUUAGCUUGUAUGUUUUCAUACAUGAUUCGUACAAAUUUGUCCAUUACUAUCGUUGCUAUGGUAAAUGCAACUAGUAAAAGUGGAGCGAGUGGUCCAGCAUGUUCUGCCCCCAUCGCCACUAAUAGCAGUAAUAGUACUUAUAAACCUACUGUACUUCCAGACUAUGGUGAACGAUUUGAGUGGAAUCAGCAUAUACAAGGUCUUUUACUUUCUGGCUAUUUUUACGGAGUUAUCCCAGCAAGUGUACCUGCUGGUCUUUUAGCUGAAAGAUAUGGAGGUUCGAAAGUAGUAGCAUUUGCAACGCUAAUACCUGCAGUACUAAACCUUUUGAUGCCUUGGGCUUCUGGUAUACAUUACGGUUUAGUGUUCGCACUUCGUUUUUUGAUGGGCUUCUUUGGAGCAGCUGUUUAUCCUGCUCUUCAUGCAAUGAUUGCAAGAUGGGUUCCUCCUAGCGAGAAGGGUAUAUUUGUAUGGACAAUGCAAGGCGGACCUUUUGGAACUGUAGUCACGUUUACACUAUGUGGCCAAAUAAUUAGUGCUUUUGGUUGGAAAGCUGCAUAUUAUGUUACGAGUGUUCUUAUACUGAUUUUUUAUGCUUUAUGGGUUCUUCUUAUAUAUGAUACCCCUGAUCUUCAUCCAAAUAUCACAGAAAGUGAAAAAGCUCACAUCAAAGAACAAAUAGGUACUUCUGUCUCUAAACAGAAAAUAAAAUUACCAGUGAGAGCUGUUGCUACAUCAGUACCGUUCAUAGUUCUGUUAUGGGCUCAUUUUGCAAACAUGUGGGGUAUAUACUUCAUUGCCACAAACGGACCAAAGUAUACAUUGGAAGUUCUUGGUUUUAAUAUGAAAUCGGGAGGGUCAAUUACGGGAUUACCUUAUAUAGCAAGACUUGGCGCUGGUGUAUUGUUUGCUGCAGCUGGUGAUUAUGUUCGAAAGAAAAAUAUUCUUACUUUAAAAUGGAUUAGAAAAAUAUUUAUGAUUUUCUCACAUAUGGGUCCUGCGUUUGCUUUGAUUAUAAUGACGUACGUUGGUUGUGAUGCAAUAACUGCAAUCGUUAUGUUAAUAAUAGCACUAACUUUUAAUGGAGCUGCAUGUCAGACCAGUUUACAAAAUCAUCAAGAUCUUGCACCGAAUUUUGCUGGUUCUUUGUAUGGUAUUAUGAACACUUUUGGCAGUUUUGCUGGAUUUAUUAUUCCACCAGUUAUUGGCGUUUUAACAAAUGAAAGGAAUGGAGUAGAAGAAUGGCGUGUUAUGUUCUGGAUUUCAUCAGCAGUUUUUACAUCUGCAACAAUACUCUUUUGGUUAUUUGGUUCAGCAGAAAUUCAACCAUGGAAUGAUUUAAGUCAGCAGAAAGUACCGACGAUUUCUGAUGAAGAAACACGAAUGACUGAAAUACCGACUAAAGAAUCACGUAUGGAAGAAGAAGAAGAAGACAAUGAAUAUAAAGCAUCAUUAUAAUUAAAAAACUGCAUCUUUAAAGAAGAUAAUACUAUAAUCAUUUUUAUUAAUUUAUUUAAUACAACAUAAAUUGCAUUAAUAUAUCUGAUCAUUUCAUAAGUAGUACGAAUAUUACGUUUUCUGAAAAGGAUAGGUCAGCAAUUAUUAGUAAUCAAUACGCUGUCAUUUGCUUGUCAAUUUGCCGAUCUCUCUAUUAAUAAUUUUUUAUUGUAUUAUUACCAACUUUUUGUAAAAUACUCGAUUAUUCCUUCAAUGCUUUAAUAAUACAUUGAAAGUAUGCAUACUUGAUUGGUCAAGUGCUGUAUCAAGUAUUAUAAAUGCUUAUAAUAUAAAUCUUAACAAUAAGCGUAUUAAAACUAUACAAUUUAAUGUUAUUCAUAUGCAUACAUAUGUAUGUGAAAAAUUUAUAUAGCAUUAUCUACUUAUAUAUGAUAUCGUCAAUUUGUAUUACAAAUCUUUGUAACAUAUUAGCGAUGCUAAUAUUUUCUGGAACAUUAUAAAUUUAUACGAAUACCUUUAAAGAAUUUCUACUGUAAUUAGUUAAAGAAAUUGAUUCUUCCGAAAUUGAGAUAAAUUAUUAGUUAAAAAUAUUAAGGACUAAGUACUUGCAGUCACUUAAUAAGUCACUUGUAGCAAGGAAAAUGGCUAAUUGUUCAAAUAUUCGUACGAUUCGGAGCUUCUAAGGAUAGGUGCCAUGCGUUCCUCACGAGUUGUUUUGCUAGAAGAUAUUCUCGCUUUUCUCAUAUCAUGGCUAAUUCCUUAGAAAAAAAGUGACUAGCUAGCGAUUAUUUGACUUCGUUGUUUUAACAUUGCGUCUUUACUUAUUGUAACGAAUUAAUGAUAUAUGAGAAGUACAAAGCUCUCUGUCCUGAG